AUGAAAUGCCAUAGGCCUCGUCACACAGCCGACGAACAUUUCAACGUUCUUCUCGAUCGCGACAACACUCGGCUUUAUACGGCGUGGGUGCCUGUUGUCACGAAUCAGCCUCAAAGAGAAUUUGAAGCCAAUAACGGAACACAAGGAAGCGCGCAUAAACGUAUUCCAGCCCUCACCCCCGCAGCACAAGUACCACACAUCUGCGUAUCGCCGCCGAAUGUCGUGUUCCAUCGCGUCCCAAACCCGCUCUUGGGAGAUGCGGUGCCUGUGAUACCAGGGUAUUUCAUCUCCUCCGUCUUCUAUAAUGUCCUCGAAACCGUCUCCGAAGCACCCUUCGUUGCGAAAGACCUUCCACGGUGGCACCGCCUGGAGCCGCACAGUAGAGCAGUCGAUCGCGAGGUCGUCCUCGACCCGUUGGCUUUUGAAUAUUUUAUAGACCCUUGCGAUUGCAAAGCUGGGCCGGCUGAGUGGGGCUGCAUAUUGCCGUGGCGCGCGCGGUGGCUCACCAAAAAGAAAAAUGGCGCAGAGAUCGUGGUGGAGAUUGUGGGGCAGGUAUCUCGCACGGACCGUUUGGCGGGCCGAGUUUACGAAGGAUGGCGCGGAAGGAAGAACCUUUCGUUCCUCAAGGCACAACCGAACAGGAAGCAGCUCUGGCCAUCAACGACGAUGGGCAAGCUUGCGAAGCAGGCCGAUCCUCUACGGGCAGGGCCCUCGCGCGUUGAAAAGUCUCGCGCACAGAGAGACAGCCGCAUUCUCCCAAUGGAAUGCUACGACUUUGAUGAGGAUCUUUCAGAGCUGGAAGAGGACAACGAACAGAGAGACGAUGCCGAGCAGCUCAAGGAGGAGGAGGGGGAGGACUGCGAGUGCCGCGGCAGGGACCCCGAGUGCGACUGCCAGUUUGAGGACGGCGAUGAUAUGGACGACGAGUCGGAGAGAUCGUACGACGGAUCUGACGCCGACGACUACUACGAGCUGAAAGAAGAGCGCGAGGAAAGGAAGUGGGAGAAGCUGCGGGAGCGGAAGGAGAAAGACCCAGAACAACAAAUUGAGAGGACUAAGGAAGAGGAGGUUCGUGCCGCAUACGGAUCUUUCAGGAAGGCCGAGAAGGAACACAAGACUAUCCCUAUCGAAUCACUUGGGGGCCAGGGGUUUAGGCUGUUCUGCAGCAAUCAUAUCAACCAUUUCUACUCCGAUUUCUAUGCGACCAAACGGGUUGACUUUUACAACCUCGACGGCACGGACGACGGCACAGAUAAUCCCCACGUGUAUCUCGAUGCGAAUGCCAACUGCAGCUUUGGGCCGUUCCGCCCUCCGAACCGCGCGAGCCGGAGGGUUGUCAAGGUGAAGAGCUGCGAUGGCAAGUAUGAGCUGUCGUUUAUGUUCAUCGGCAACGGUUACCUGAAGCUGAGGGUCUCUCGGGAAAUGGUGUUCAUGAAGCCUUACGGUGCAAGCUCUACAGCUCCCCCGCCCACUGCUCCGGAAGUGUUCGAGUUCGUCGGCAUCUGGCGCGAUCGGGAGAAGGAGAAGGCGGAACGACAGAAGAUGAUGGUAAAGAUACGCCGCUCGCCGUCACCCCGCGAAAGUUGGUUUGAGAUGAACCAUCCCAUGGGGGUUUGGAAUCAGCCAUGGUAGAGUCUCGUUCUCAAGCAGGCUUUAUGCUAGGUGUUGAAGGCUGUGAGUUGUCUCGGUCGCUCGCUCGCUUCAUAUGCUAGUACACCCGAAUAAGGGCUAAAGCCCAGUCCACACGUAACGUCCCAAUCGAUCAAUUUGCAAAGAACCUUUCGUUCCUCAAGACAUUGGCCCCGCGCUGCCUAUUUAACCCAAAUGAAAAAGUUUGUGAAAAGAGAGAUAUCAAACGUCCUGGAAUUAUCUACUUUAUGGCUUGAUUGUGAAUGACCCCUUCACCGUCUUGGUGUGGAAAAGACGCCCAAGGCUCUGCAUGCUGUGGCGUCACCGGCGCAAAUUUCUGAGUGGGCUGGUCCUCUGUUCUCUCCUCGUCGCAGGCAGCAUUGUAAUAUUCGGCCCAUUCACCAAAGUCGUCCAUUCCUAAUUCUGCACUACCGUCGCAAACGCCAGGACCGAC